GUCACUUCUCAAGAAUCUGGAACCAAACCAUUGACCUUCACAUUUGUACCAUCCAUUGGAAGACUUCCAACUCAUUUUGAGGUUGUAGACGUCUCUAAGUUCCUUGUGACAAUUCCAGAGGAGCCAAAGGAUCUGAGCAAUCAAGAAAUUAUAAAUAAGUCCCACGCAGUUUCUGAUGAGCUGGCCUUAAAGAGCAGGGCCAGACAAGACCGUGUGUCUGCCAUCUGUACAGACAGCACCCGAGCAGCUUUACAGUCCCUGGGCUGUAACUCAAGCAGAGGAGAAAUGCAGGAGAAUGACCUUUUCAAGGCUGAGUUUAUCCUGAUUACCGACUCUGGUGAUGAAGAUGAAGUAGCCGCUGCCUCAAACAAUGUUCAUCGGCCUUCCAAUGGCUAUGGUCCCAUCAGCGCUCAGCUUCUGGCCACGUCCCACGUUUCCCCUGGCACUGGGGCAGGAAAACCUCCUGGAGAUGGGCACGUUCCAGGUGCUGCACUUUCCCACGGCACUGCUGAUCCGCAAAAACAUCAGCAGUACAAGAUCAAGACAAGCUACAAGGCAUUUGCAGCAAUCCCUACAAACACAUUACUUAUGGAACAGAAG